AACAGGUAACUGGUUGGGUGGUUGAAUACCAAGAUAAUCUGAUUGGGCCUUUGGAGUUGAUGAGUCUCUCGCCCAAGUGUGUUCUGAUAGUGGUUCAAUGGAUCUAAUGAACUCCUAUGUUGAGAGAAUGCAAGCUACAACUAGGAAAUGGUACUUGAACAUUUUAGAGGCAGAUAGAACACAGCCCCACAAGAAAACUGAAGAUGGGAAGUUAUAUACCCCUGCUGCUGUUGAUCUCUUCAGAAUACUUGGUGAACAAGUACAAAUUGUUCGGGAUAAUAGCACUGAUCUCAUGUUAUACAGAAUUGCCCUGGCAACCAUUCAGGUAAUGAUUGAUUUUCAAGCAGCUGAAAAGAAGAGACUUGAAGAGCCAGCUUCUGAAAUUGGUCUGGAACCUUUAUGUGCUAUGAUUAACAACAAUUUGCGUUGCUAUGACCUUGCAAUGGAGUUAAGUAACAGCACCAUAGAAGCCCUUCCACAGAACUAUGCUGAUCAGGUUAAUUUUGAAGAUACCUGUAAGGGUUUUCUUGAGGUAGCUAAGGAAGCUGUGCAUCAAACGGUUAGUGUGAUAUUUGAAGAUCCUGGUGUCCAGGAGUUACUGGUGAAGCUAUACCAGAAAGAAUGGAGUGAGGGGCAGGUUACUGAGUACUUGGUCGCAACAUUUGGUGAUUAUUUUGGCGAUGUUAAAAUGUAUAUUGAAGAGCGAUCUUUUAGGAGAUUUGUUGAAGCCUGUCUGGAAGAAACAGUGAUUGUUUAUGUUGAUCAUCUUUUAACACAGAAAAAUUACAUUAAGGAAGAAACUAUUGAACGGAUGAGGCUAGAUGAGGAGGUUAUCAUGGAUUUCUUUAGGGAACAUAUCAGUGUUUCUAAAGUUGAAAAUAGAGUGAGUGUACUUAGUGACUUGAGGGAACUUGCUUCAGCAGAGAGCCUGGAUACCUUCACACUCAUCUAUACCAAUAUACUUGAACAUCAACCUGACUGCCCGCCUGAAGUUGUUGAGAAACUUGUUAAUCUACGAGAAGGCAUUCCUCGGAAAGAUGCCAAAGAGGUCAUCCAAGAGUGCAAAGAGAUAUAUGAGAAUUCACUUGUUGACGGAAGACCUCCAAAGGUUGGUUUCGUUUUCCGACGAGUGAAGUGCUUAACAGCAUCCAAGGGAGGGCUAUGGCGUAAACUCACUUGAAGUACGAUUCCAUUGAGUUAUUCAGAGUUAUUUUGGCUGUUAUAUUAUUUGUUCCUUGUUCAUAAAUCGGAAUGUUAUGCUGUCAAUAGACGAGUUUUGUAAAAUUCAUUAUUAGUAUAGUUAGUUCAUGAUACCCUUACAGCUAUUACCAUUCACAAUGACAUUUUCAAGAUUCCCUAUGUCUCUCAGCUCCGUGUGUAUUCGAAAGUGCUAAUUUUGUUUACCCAUGGAAGCUAUGUUAGGGUUUGAAUGGGUUCCUGGAAUAUUUUAGUCUUUCUUUUUAUAAACUGUAAUAUUUUAGUUAAU